UUCAUUAUCGGCAACCGAUUUGCUCUGCUCAAUAGCAAUAAUACCGACAAGUAUGUAUAGUGCGCUAGCGCCCGACUGGCAAUUUAUGGGUGAUAAUUCGUUGAUUUGUAAAUGCUCAGUGUAUCUGGAAAUAGUACUCUUUGCGAACACUGCCUAUACGCUUGCCUGGAUUGGUAUUGACCGAUAUGCUGCCCUUAUGAAACCUCAGAGGUACAUUUAUUUUUUCUAA